UAAAUAAAUGAAGUUUUGGAGCGAUUAAAAUGAUCGAAGACACUGAAAUAUAAUUGACAAACCAUUUUCACAUGCGAUCAAGGAUCGGCGAUCAAAUUUACAUAAGGCAGAUUUUGAAAUCGUUGAAAAUGCUUUGAAACUUUAUUCGAUAUAUGUUUGUUUGUUUACAAAUCAUAUCUGAAUUGCUAAAGUGAAAGUAAAGCAAACUAACAAAAUGACAUCCCAUAGGACGUCUACCACUCAAGGCAGGAAGAAAGUACAGGUGUCGUUUGUAAUCCGAGAUGAGGUUGAACGCCACCACAGAUCGGGUGUGAACGCUCUACAGUUUGAUUCUCUACUGAACAGACUAUAUUCAGCUGGUCGAGAUUCUAUUAUUAGAAUAUGGAACACCAGGACCAGUAAGGACCCGUACAUUCUAUCUAUGGAGCAUCAUACAGAUUGGGUCAAUGAUAUUGUUUUAUGUUGUAAUGGAAAAACAUUAAUAUCAGCGUCUAGCGAUACCACAGUCAAAGUUUGGAACGCUCAUAAAGGUUUCUGUAUGUCAACUCUUAGAACACACAAGGAUUAUGUAAAAGCCCUGGCCUACGCCAGAGAUAGAGAACAAGUAGCGUCAGCCGGGUUAGAUAGAGCUAUAUUUCUCUGGGAUGUCAACACUCUUACAGCAUUGACGGCUUCCAACAACACUGUUACUACAUCGAGUUUGGCAGGGAAUAAAGAUUCCAUCUAUUCACUAGCUAUGAAUCCUCCAGGAACCGUGGUGGUAUCAGGAUCUACAGAGAAAGUUCUGAGAGUUUGGGACCCCAGGACUUGUCAGAAACUGAUGAAGUUGAAGGGACAUACUGAUAAUGUUAAAGCUCUGGUAUUAAAUAGAGAUGGAACUCAGUGUUUAUCAGGAAGUUCAGACGGGACCAUUCGACUGUGGCAUCUCGGACAACAGAGGUGUGUUGCCACGUACAGAGUCCAUGAUGAGGGAGUGUGGGCUCUGCAAGCCAACGAUUCAUUCACUACAGUCUAUUCUGGAGGCAGAGAUAGGCAGAUUUGGGCUACAGACAUACGAAAUCCAGACAACAGGACAUUGAUCUGUGAAGAAAAGGCCCCUGUUUUGAAGUUGGAGCUAUCUCACACGGAGAAUCCAAGUUUGUGGGUAGCAACCACAGAUUCAAGUAUUAGAAACUGGCCGAUCAAGGCAGCCACGUCACGACAUUCUGGUGAUUACGAUAACGAACAUUACGCUCCAGCUUUUACACAACCGGAUUUUACCAUUAAAGGUGGCCCCAGCAUACGCCAGUAUUUAGUUCUCAACGAUAAACGUCAUAUUCUCACACGCGACACUGACGACUGUGUUGCAUUAUGGGAUGUCUUAACCGCUCGUAAAGUAGAAGACCAAGGUAGAGUGGAUUUUGAAGAUGAAAUUAAAAAACAGUUCAAAAUGGUGUUUGUACCUAAUUGGUUUUCUGUCGAUCUGAAAACAGGGUUGUUGACCAUCCAUUUAGAAGAGUCUGAUUGUUUUGCUGCCUGGAUGUCCAUGAAGGAACUGGGAAUACCUGGAGCACAUGAUGCCCCUGAAACUAAAAUAAAUAUUGGUUCAGCUCUGCUUCAAGCUUUAUUAGAACAUUGGCCUAAAGCAAAUCUGGAAGAAUUACAAGGUAACUUUACCAUAUUUAUUCCUUUUACAUGUGGAGACAGAGCUGGGGUAGCCUCCCCUUAUUUCAGCGUUCCCGGUCAUACUCCUGUUAUAUUUAGUGAAGUUGGAGGAAGAACAUUAUUUAGAUUGUUAUGUCGAGAUGCUGGUGGUGAAACAGAACAGAUGUUACUUAACGAAACUGUACCGUCAUGGGUUGUUGAAGUUGUUGUUAACAAAAAUAUGCCCAAAUUCAACAAGAUACCAUUUUUCUUACAACCUCAUCCCAGUACUGGUAUAAAACCUGUUAAAAAAGACCGAUUGUCUGCCAGUGACAUGAUACAAGUUCGAAAGGUUAUCGAGCAUGUGUAUGAGAAGGUGUUAGGUCAAGGGUCAGAUGCAGGGUCACAGACGGCCAAUAGUAAUGGACAAGAUAAGGAAGAUGAUUUGACCACCGUUGCUGAAGAACGCGUUGAAUUAAUGUGCAAUGAUCAGAUUUUGGACCCGAACAUGGAUUUACGAACGGUGAAACAUUUCAUCUGGAAACAAUCAGGGGACCUAACUCUUCACUAUAGACCACUCGUAAAAAAAGACUAUCACAGUUUCUGUAAAUAUUCGUCUUUGAACAGUGGCGAAAGUUGAACUUGUCGCAAAGCUUGAAUCUUUAAACCAAGUGGAACUACAUGUUGAGUUGACGGACUUGUUAAACAAGUUGAGAAAAACCUGUGUGUAUAUUAGACUUUAUAUAGCAAAAUAGUCGAGCCAAGUUAAUUCCAUACAUACUGGGACAAUUUGAACAUUAACACGACCAGUCUAUUUUAUAUUGCGGUAGAAUAAGUAGUAAUUUAACUACUGAAGUUACAUUUAUGUUCUGUUCAUUACUAUUUACACUACCUUAAGAUAAAGUGAACUGAUCGUGUCUAAUUUGAUCUGACCAAGACGUGUAGAAGUAUUUCUUAGGAAUUACUUAGGACCAUAAAGGAUUUUCCUGUGUUUGGAAGACAUUUUGAAUGAUAAUUCAUUCUGUAGUAUACCAACUGUUAUUUAAUCUUGAAAAUAUUUUUAAUGUUGUCUAUUUUUUGUCGUGUUACAUUUGGAUGGGAGAAAAUUUUGUGAGUCUGGAAGUACAACACAGCUUUCUAUUUCUUAGUUUUGUUAUGUAAAAUAUCAAAAGACUUUGAAAAGUUGUUUGUUUUUUUUUUCUGUUAUAUAUUUAAUGGUAAAUGUAAUGUGAUGUAGCAUAAACUAUGUGGGCUAAGGAAUUUGAAGUGUAGGGGGUGAAAGAGGACCAUUACUCCCUCUCUACGCCAUGCUGAGUAGUUGGCACUCUGCCUUUGUUAGAGGCACUCCGCACAAAAAUGUUGAAAUUCAGUUGAAUGAUUUGCUGAGGGAAGACAAGUGUACGUCUGAGAGGACAAUAACUUGCUCCUCUGCCAUGCAUAGUUGUCGAGGCACGCCCUGCUUUCAAUAGACCCACUCCCCACAGGAACAGUACAGUAACAUAAACCAUGUGGACUAAGAGACAGAUAUCUACUGGCUAGCCAUAUUUAUAAAUAUUUAGUAUGUCUUAGUUAGUUUGUAUAUGAAUAAUGAUUAAGAUUCUCUAUAAUAUUUGUUUGUAUUAUAAUAAUUAAUAUUAAAAUCUCACUAUCCUU